CCGGUUCGAUGACCAUCAAAUAUGGUUAGUUCUUUAGCGAUGAAUUCAGGUAUACAAAACCCUUGAGCAUCAAUCACUAUAAUCUUCAUGUUGAGGAACUGAUUUUAUUUUAUGUCUGUUUAAUUCACUUCUACGACUGAAACACUUGACACAUAAUAGGAGUAGCUUGUUCUUGACGAUUAAUAAGAAAUCGUACGAUCUGAUUUGCUUUUAUACUAGCAAAUAUCCGUACCAUGAAUACAAUUUGUAUGUGUAAAGGUUAUUUGAGUUCAAAAAUAAGGAAAUAUUCAUCUUAAACUAGACAAAAGAUUAUUUGAGUUCAAAAAGAUCAUUAGUACGUGUGAAGGUUAUCUGAGUUCAAAAAAAUAUGGAAAUAUUCGUUUUAAACUAGUCAAAAGGUUAUUAAACGCAAUCCACCAAGUAUUUUUCCUGAAUCCGGUUAGAAGGUUAUUUCAACACGAUAUCGGCUUUUCCAUGGGAUGUGAGUGGGGACCUUUAAAUAAAUAUAAAAUAUAGCAAGAAUCGAUUUAGUCUUGCAUCCUGCUGGAAGAGUGUAUAUUUGAUCGGAUAAAUUCUAAAAUUUAUCAGUUAACCAAACAACUGUGAAGUUUCUGCAUCAGUGCAACAGUUCUUGUUAGUACGAGGCAAAAAAAAUAAUAAUAAACAUCAAGAUGAACAGCACCAAUCAAAAGAAGACGCAAUCCAUCAAGACAAGUAAGAAAAGCAAAAAUAUUUUAGAAAAAUUUAAUGCGUUGGGGGCCUACGUCUGGCUAAAUUUAUCGACGAUGGAGCAAAAUAAAUUGUAUCGACUAACUGGUAUAAAACGACAGUCUACCAAGUUUGGUGAUCGACUCAUGGCCGAAUUGGAUGGAGUCAGUAAAUUGUACCUACCUGAGAGGUACAAUGCUUUCACCGAUCGCCAAUUGCAAGAUUUUAAUGGGGCAAAUUAUUUCUUGGUUAACAAGGGUUUAGAAGGUAAAUCCUAUAAACUAAUUUUGAAAUCAUCGGCGGACAUCGAAGUGCCGAAAUCAGCCGAUUUAAUUGAAGUCGCUUCCGAAAUAGAAAUUGGCACCUCGACCUCCACUCAGGACACCGAGGAGUCCGACUUGGAGGAAGAAGACGCCACCACGUAUUACACCCAAAAAAAUACCAAUAUACUAUAAAGCAAUAAGCGAACAAACACAAGUAUCCGGACCAUCUUCAACUUCUUCAUCAUCUUUCGACCAUGGACAUCUAACGUAAUGUAAGCCAAAAGAUGUCAAUUUUUCCUUUCUACAGUCAACCUGUUGCAACAUCUGUUGAAAUCGAACGAAUUCAUGACGGUGAGCAGGCAAGAUUGCAUCUCCAUAGAGAUGCAAAAAUUCGUUCACAUGCAUCUUUCACGAAUGCUUAAAACAAACUGAUGUAGACACUUUAAGAAAGUUGUUUGUUGGUUCGGAUACAUAUAGGUGUGGUAUACAGUGUAAAUCUUAAUUAAUUAAUACUAUGUAUUACAUAAAAAAAUAAAAAAAUAAAUAAAAAAACUCUCUCAUUGGUUCUAUCCCACCUGUAUCACUUCCUGCAUCAUAUGAUCACAGUGCUGCGUGCGUCUAACAAAAUUUCGAGCAAUCUCAUUGGUCGGCAGCCAUAUUGUAACAUGCC